AUAAAUCACAUGAACUUCCCGUGAAUCGAAAACUAUGCCCCCUUUUUUUCUCCGUCGUAGUUGAAGCGUAGGGCAAGUCGCCUUCAAAUCUCCGCCGCGUAACAUCUGUUUUCGUUCGUUCCGCCGGCAUGUCUCAGGUUGACAACAGAAAUUCAUCAGCCACGAAGCGUGCUAGAACUGACGGCGGUCGCAGAGAAGAUGAUUGGACCUGCCCCAGUUGUGGCAAUGUCAAUUUUUCAUUCAGGACAACUUGCAAUAUGCGUAAUUGUACUCAACCGAGGCCUGCAGAUCAUAAUGGAAAGUUUGUGCCCAAGCCUAUGCAACCUCCACAAAAUUACUCACCAUCAGGACCAUAUGUAGGUUCUGGGGGACCCCCUUCAGUGUACAUGGGUGCCUCGCCAUAUGGGUCUUCCCUCUUUCACAGAUCUUCUGUUCCUCCUUUCGACAUUCCAUUCUCUGGGGGUUCACCUUAUCAUUUCAAUUAUAGCAGCCGAAUCUCUGUUGGUGCUCCUUAUGGACCACUUCAUAUGCCUGGGCCUCCACCGUACUCUGGUGGAUCUAUGAUGGGAAAUGGUAUGUAUGGCAUGCCUCUUCCAAUAGACAGGUAUGGCCUUGGCAUGCCCAUGGUUCCUGCAGCUGCUAUGCAGAUGCCGAGACCUGGGUUCUAUCCAGACGAGAGUACUCAGAAAAGAGAUUCAACUCGUGAUAAUGAUUGGGCAUGCCCAGAAUGUGGUAACGUGAACUUCUCAUUCAGAACUGUAUGCAACAUGAGGAAAUGCAAUACCCCAAAGCCUGGAUCCCAGGUUGGGAGCUCAGAAAAGAGUUCCAAACAAAAGGCGCCUGAAGGUAGCUGGAAGUGUGAUGAGUGUGGAAAUAUAAACUAUCCAUUCAGGGCCAAGUGCAACAGGCUGAACUGUGGAGCCGAUAGACCGGUGGAGGGCGACAGAUCUCCAUCCACGGAUCCAGAAGACAAUGAUCAGUGAGUCGGUAGACAGUUUUGUCGUUGAGGGUUGAGAAGGUCACAGGUUGUCAGCCAGCGUUGGGUGUCCUAAUGUCGUCAGUUCAGUUGUUGUCAUCGUCGUCUGGGUCGUCGUCCAUGUUGCAGCGGUCGUCGAAGUCACUCUCUACUUUCUCUUUUAAGUCUUUCUUUCUUUCUUUCUUUUUUUAUGUGGGGUUGUUCUAUUGACCCCCAAAAUAUUGCUCAUGUAUGUGUUAAUCCUCCUCUAGAUGCUCCAGGUCUGGAUCUGAUUUAACAAAAAAAAAAUAAGUUUUAGGGGUUAGAACUCAGAUUCUGUCGUUCGCAGGGGAUAGACAAGUUAUAAAAAGGUUGUGUUUCAGUUUG